AUGCUGCGCCCUGUCCCGCCGUGCGCAUUCCCCAAUCCCCAUGGCGCUGCUGUCCCUCCCUCCCGUCCGUUCCAUCCCAUCCAUCUCAUCUCAUCCUCAUCUCAUCCAUCUGUCAUCCCUCUCCUCCGCCUGCGUCCGCGUCUCUGUCCACGCCCACGUCCGGCCAUCCGCUCCCCUCCCCCCCCGUCUCCCUCGUCGCUUUCGUGUCCUCGCCUCGCCUCGUCUCCGAUCCAUCCAGACACCCCGUUCGCCUCCACGCCGCUGCGCCCCACCACACUCGACUCCCGCGACGGUCGACGCACCACAGCUCACCACCUCGCCGGUCCCAUCGAUCUGAGGCGUCACCAGCGCACGACCCGACGCUCUGGCUGGCCCGCCGCCGCCGCGAGCUCCCGCCGCCGCCCUCAUCGUACAGACUCCAGGCAGCCCAGCCCAGCCCAGCCCAGCCCCGCGCCGGCGUCCGUCCCUUGGCCGUUGCCCACCGACCUGGGGCAACCCUCACCUCGCCCGCCCCGUCCUGCCCAGCGGCACCCCGAGCAAGACCCGGCACGCGCUGCAAGUACCUUACCUGACUGA